AUGUCGUCUGUCGACGAAAUGAACGAUGUCUCGACGGAGAAAAUCGCCAGUGAUGAGAAGGCCGUGCCGGUCACGAUGGUCAAUGUUGAUGAGAAAGUGCAUGACCUAGCCGAGAGGCUUGUGGCCAGCAGUGAUGAAAUGGCACCGAUUGAAGAUAUCGAGUACGUGAUGGACAAGAUCGACACUUUGUCCGUUGAUGAGUGCAAGGAUAUCAUCACGAAACUUCUCAAGUACCAUGAGUACGACUAUAACCUCGGUAACGCUUUGCGAGAGAAGCUUGCACGCCUGAUCGAGGGACCUUCCGAGGGCCAGGAUCCCGAGGAAUGGGAGCUGCAGCUGAAGACUGAGACUGCCUUGAAUCACUUUUACUCGCCAUACCCCGAGGUUCGAGCUGUCACUGUGCCCACGGAUGAUCCAGAUAUUCCAUGCGAGACCAUUCGCGCUCACUUGCUUGGCUACAUUUGGGCCAUUAUUGCUCAAUUUACCAACUCGCUUUUCAACUCCCGUUAUCCUGCCAUCACUCUGAGUUCUUCCGUGGCACAAAUCUUGCUGUACCCAUGUGGUUUGUUUCUUGCAAAGGUUCUUCCCGACUGGGGCUUCACGUAUGCUGGCAAGAGAGUUUCUCUCAACCCUGGCCCCUGGACAUACAAGGAACAGGUACUUUCCACUAUCAUCGUCGACGUUGGUCUGACCUCUGCCUACUGCUUCUGGAAUAUUCAGACCCAAACUGUCUACUACCAGGACAAGUGGCUCACCCCUGGAUAUGGAAUUCUACUCUUGCUGUCAACCCAACUCAUGGGACUUGGCUUUUCUGGACUGCUUCGUCGCUUCGUGGUUUAUCCAAUCGAAGCUAUUUGGCCCAACAUCUUGCCCACCUUGGCUCUCAACAGAGCCCUAUUGGUUCCUGAAAAGAAGGAAACUAUCAAUGGGUGGACUAUCUCACGUUAUAAAUUUUUCUUCCUGGUCUUCAGCGGCAUGUUUGUCUGGUUCUGGUUCCCAGGCUAUAUUUUCACAGCUCUCAGUUACUUCGGAUGGAUGACCUGGAUCGCACCAAACAACUUCAACUUGAACAUGAUAACGGGCUCCAUGAACGGUCUCGGCUUCAACCCCAUUUCGUCACUGGAUUGGAAUCUUAUCUCUGUCUACUCCUAUCCGCUCACCUAUCCGUUCUUUUCCUACUCUCAGCAGUUCCUGGGCACACUUUUGGGUGGUUUCAUCAUCAUCGGAUUGUACUGGUCCAACACGAACUGGUCGGCGUAUCUCCCUCCAAACUCGUCUGGUAUCUUCGACAACACGGGAGCCUCUUAUAACAUUACAAGAGUUAUCAAUACCAGCACAGGAGUUCUCGAUGAAGCUGCCUACCAGGCCUACUCUCCUGCCUUUUACAGCGCUGGAAAUCUCCUGCUGUACGGCGCCUUCUUUGCUUUCUACCCACUCACCAUGGUUUUCAUCGUCCUGGAUUCCUGGCGACCACUUGUCAAGGCUUACAAGUCCAUGUCGAGGGCUGCCAUAUUAUCCAUUCGGAGCCUCAUCAUCGGUCUCAAGAAUGCAACCAAAUCUCUCGCCAAGGGUAAUGUGCGCGAGGCAGGUCAACAUCUGUACAAAAUCUUCGAUCAGGAGGGCUCAAUCUACGACGGCUUCGAUGACCCGCUCACUAAGCUGAUGCGCAACUACCCCGAAGUGCCUGACUGGUGGUUCUUGAUGAUUUCCCUGGUGGCUUUCAUCUUUGCCAUCGUUAUUCUGGUUAACUGGCCUGAGCUUGGCGCUCCUGUCUGGACUAUCUUCUUUGUGAUUGGUCUCAACUUGGUGUUCCUGAUCCCGAUGUCUUAUCUCUACGCACUCUCGGGUACGACGGAGGGCUUGAACGUCGUUACGGAGCUGAUCGUGGGAUAUGCGCUGCCUGGACACCCGGAGGCCCUCAUGUUCGUGAAGGCUUUCGGAUACAACAUCAACGGCCAAGCGGAUACCUACCUCUCUGAUCAGAAGAUGGGCUUCUAUGCCAAAGUGCCGCCGCGGGCCAUGUACCGCGGUCAAGUGAUGAGCGCUAUCAUUACGGCCCUUGUCGCCUAUGCCGUUGUGCAAUUUGCCGACAACGACAUUGCGGGCAUUUGUACUUCGGACCAGGUUUCCGAUUUCAACUGCGAAAACGGCUCCGAAGUUUACUAUUCAUCAUCCGUUAUCUGGGGUGCUAUUGGACCGAAGAGAAUCUUCAGCGAGUUCUACCCAACUAUGAAAUACACUUUCCUGUUUGGAUUCCUCCUUGCCAUUGCAUGGUGGGUUGUCAAGCGAUUCGGAUCACAUUUCCAGGAGGCGUGCAAGUCCAGAAUGCCUAGCGGUAUCUUCAACCCGAUCAAUACGUUGGUUUUCACACCCAUUUCGUGGCUCAAGCACGUCCACCCAUCUCUCGUCUUCAAUGGUUUCUUGUGGUGGGCUCCCGUCAACCUUUCUUACUUCAUGGGUGGUCUCUACUUUUCUGCUGCUUUCAUGUUCUACCUCAGGAGGUACAAGACUCAGUGGUGGGAAAAGUACAACUAUGUCCUCGCGGCAGCUCUCACUGGUGGUGUCGCGUUCUCCGGCAUCAUUAUCUUCUUCGCUGUGCAAUAUGUUCCGGUGUCGGUCGACUGGUGGGGUAAUAACGUGCUUGGAGCGACGAUUGACGGCGGCGCGGGCCAGCAGGCUUUGAUUCCCGACCUGCCUGCGAAGGGAUACUUUGGUCCUGACUCGUGGACCUGA